CAGAAAAUGGGAAACUCGGACACCAAACUUCACUUCAGGAAAGCUGUGAUCCAGCUGACGACCCGAACUCAGCCGGUCGAAGCCACAGACGACGUGUUCUGGGAUCAGUUCUGGGUCGACUGCUCCAUCGCUGUUCAGGAUGUGUUCGCUCUGGUUCCUGCUGCGGAAAUCCGAGCUGUCAGAGAGGAGUCUCCGUCCAACCUGGCAACGCUCUGCUACAAGGCCGUGGAGCGGCUCGUUCAGUGCGCCGACUCUGGCUGCCCCUCGGAGAAAGAGCGCCAGAUGGUGCUGAACUGCACCCGCCUGCUCACCCGGGUCCUGCCCUACAUCUUUGAGGACGCCGACUGGAGGGGCUUCUUCUGGUCCACCAUCCCCGGAGCCUCCAGAACUGGGAGUUCACAUGAAGACGGUGAGACUGAAGCUCGUCCGCUGGCUGAGUCUCUGCUGCUCGCCGUCUCCAACCUGCUCUUCUGCCCUGAUUUCACCGUCCAGACCCACAAGAGGAGCAGCCUGGACGCGUCGGAGGAGGUGCGCUCCAUGGACAGCUGUGAGUACAUCUGGGAGGCGGGGGUCGGCUUCGCUCAGUCGCCUCCGCUGAACUACGUCCACGACCUGAACAGGACGGAGCUGCUGAAGCUGCUGCUCACCUGCUUCUCUGAAGCCAUGUACCUGUCUCCUUCAUCUGACCGCAACGUGCUCAACCCCUGGGUCUCCUUCUUCUGCUCUGCAGAAAACAGACACGCCCUCCCUCUCUUCACCUCCCUGCUGAACGUGGUCUGCGCCUACGACCCCGUCGGCUUCGGCUUCCCCUACAACCACCUGCUGUUCUCCGACCAGCGGGAGCAGCUGGUGGAGCAGGCGCUGCAGGUCCUCGUCGUCAGCCUGGAACACGAGUCCGGGUCGGCCGCCGGCGCCGCCCUGCAGGCUCUGGACCCCUCCACGCCCCCCCCCUCGGGGGAGGAAACGCAGCCUUCAGGACCCGUCAACCUGUUUGUGAAUUAUCUCUCCAGGAUCCACAGAGAGGAGGACCUGAGCUUUGUCCUUAAAGGUUUGGCUCAGCUCCUCAACAACCCUCUGAUCCAGACUUACCUUCCUCGAUCCACAAAGAAGAUCCAGUUCCACCAGGAGCUGCUGAUCCUCUUCUGGAAGUUCUGUGACUUCAACAAGAAGUUCCUGUUCUUCGUCCUGAAGAGCAGUGACGUGUUGGAGAUGCUGGUUCCCAUCCUGUUCUACUUGAACGACGCCCGAGCGGAUCAGUCUCGGGUGGGCCUCGUGCACAUCGGCGUCUUCAUCCUGCUGCUGCUGAGCGGAGAGAGGAACUUUGGCGUUCGCCUGAACAAACCGUACACGCUCCGUGUCCCCAUGGACAUUCCCGUCUUCACAGGGACCCACGCCGACCUGCUCAUUGUGAUCUUCCACAAAGUCAUCACCUGUGGACACCAGCGCCUCCACCCUCUGUUCGACUGCCUGCUCACCAUCGUGGUGAACAUUUCUCCAUACCUGAAGAGCCUCUCCAUGGUGGCGGCCAACAAGCUGCUCCACCUGCUGGAGGCCUUCUCCUCUCCCUGGUUCCUCCUCUCUGCUCCUCAGAACCACAACCUGGUCUUCUUCCUGCUGGAGGUCUUCAACAACAUCAUCCAGUAUCAGUUUGAUGGGAACUCCAACCUGGUUUACGCCAUCAUUCGUAAGAGGAACGUCUUCCACCAGCUGGCCAACCUGUCGACGGACGCCGCUUCGAUUCAGAAAGCCUUACAGAGGAGGAAGAAGUCCGGGGUCUCCAACAUGAGCGCUACAGAUGAGUCCAUGGAGGGCUCCAGGCCUGCUGUACCUGCAGAACCCGGGACUCUCAAAGCCAGCUUGGAGGCCACUCCAGGAAUCGAUAAAAUAACGGAGAAGUCUCAGGUGAGUGAAGAUGGGACCAUGGUUGCCGUGGCUCCGCCUCCAUCGAUGCUGCUCGGCGACGCUGGCGAUGCUGAGUCCAGCUCUGAGAGGAACCACCAGGUCGACCACAAUCAGGCGGCGACAUCGAGGAGUCGAGCGUCCAGCGUCUCGUCGGCUGCAGCUUGGAGCGCCAACCCGGACUGGAUGUUGUCCUGGAAGUCCAAGCUUCCUCUGCAGACCAUCAUGAGGCUGCUGCAGGUGCUGGUUCCUCAGGUGGAGAAGAUCUGCAUCGACAAGGGUCUGACAGACGAGUCUGAAAUCCUGAAGUUCCUGCAGCACGGUACGCUGGUGGGCCUGCUGCCGGUCCCUCACCCCAUCCUCAUCAGGAAGUACCAGGCCAACGCCGGCACCGCCAUGUGGUUCCGCACCUACAUGUGGGGCAUCAUCUACCUUCGGAACGUGGAUCCUCCGAUCUGGUACGACACGGACAUCCGGCUCUUUGAGAUCCAGAGGAUUUAG